UUAUUUUUUUUGACAAAGACAGAAUCUUUGGACAGCGGAAUAAAUAUAAAUAUUCACCCCAUGGAUGUCCAGAUGGCCGUGUUCCACUGCUCUGAUCAUUUCCUACAGCAGCUAAUAGUGACUAAACUAGAUCAGUGUCAGUACGCUCUGCCUCUGCUGGUGCCCAAUCCCUGCACCAGAGAGAUUGAGUUUCCUCUCUGGACUUUUCACCAAAUCAGAAAGAGUUGGAGGAGUCACUCUGCUGCGGUCAGUCAAAACCAGGCCAUGUCUGAAGCUCAAACUCCAAUGGUGGCUUUCUUCAGGCUCGGCUCUGUUUCUUCAUCCAAGUCUCAGUUGAUGAACAGCUUGAUCAAUGAUAAACAUCACACAUUCUUCCACAGACACUGUCCAGGAAGCAACAAGAACCGGCUCCUGAUGGAUGGAGUGGUGGAGAUCGCUUGGUUCUGUCCAUCAGGGAAGGAAACUGAUUAUUUCCCUGACUGUGUGGCGUUCUGUAAUCUCCAUGGUGAUGCAGAAGCUAAUAAAAAGCAAAUGGAAAUCCUGACUGAAAUGUCCUCAGUGAAUGUUGUACUUUUCUCUAAUCCUGAAAAAGCAGCAUAUAAGGAGAUAAUACAGAAGCUCUUCAGAGACACCAAACAAAAUGAACUUGAGAAAAUUUCAGAAAAAACUGAAUAUGGCAACUUUUGGUUUGGAACACAUGCGCAGGGAUAUGGAUCAAAUAUACGAGGCUUUUAUUUCUGUAAAACAAUCCAAUGAACAAUAUAAAGAAAAAACCUUCACCUCUCUCCCUAAGCUUGCAGCAGAAGUCCUGAAAUCUGGUCAUCCACUAGAGCUGAUGGAUGGAGAUGCUGCUAACGUUCCUCUGAUCUGGGUUUCAGCAGUUCUAGAUGAACUUGUGAAGAUACUGGGGGA